UCUAUGAAACGUCCCAUUGUUAUUGUCUCCUCCAUUUAAUUUGAUGUUUAUUUACAUCGAUAAUGUGCCUGGAUAUUAUAUUUUAAAAAAGAAAUUUUGAAAUUUCAUGGAUACCUCACUGAAAGAGAUUGUUAGCAAUCAUCCAAUCGAAGCCGUUAUUUUAUGGUCAAAAUUGCACCAUGAAGGCAAGACUUUUCUAACUGAAUGUACUGAAAAUUUUACAAGACUACAGAUCGUCAAACUUUAUUAUACGGCUGUGGCACUAGGCGGUUACAACGUGCUAAAAUUGCAUCAAAAAGACAUUGGUGAUGUUACGAUAGAAACAUCAGAAGGAUUUAGUGAUUUUUCCCAAUAUUUAAAGCUGGAUGGUGACUAUCAUUGCAAGAAUUACAUGCCUUCUCUUUUAGAGCUUAGUCGUUUAGCUGCUCGUAAAUUUAUUAUUAGUGUCAAGAAUGUGCCAGACACUUCUACCUUCAAUAACAUCUCCAAGAAUUUGAAAAUCCCUAACAAUUUGGUGGACUACAUUUCUUUUAAGUAAAUAAUGUUUGUUUUGUCUUAAGAAUUUAUGGAGUAAAUACAUGAUAAUUUAUUUGUAA